AUGGCAGGGAUCCUCGCAUGGUUCUGGAACGAGCGGUUCUGGCUGCCGCACAACGUCACCUGGGCGGACCUGCAGAGCACGGAGGAAGCCGCUUUCCCCCAGGCGGAGGACCUCUACCUCGCCUUCCCCCUGGCCUUCUGCAUCUUCAUGAUCCGGCUGCUCUUCGAAAGGUUUGUUGCUAAACCAUGUGCCUUAGGCCUUAAAGUCCAAGCCAAUGGACCACAGAAAGCUCAACCUAAUGCUAUCCUGGAAAAAGUUUUCACAGCUAUUACAAAGCAUCCAGAUGAGAAGAGGCUGGAGGGCCUUUCCAAGCAGUUGGACUGGGAUGUACGCAGUAUUCAACGUUGGUUUCGACAAAGACGCAACCAGGAAAAGCCCAGCACUCUUACAAAGUUCUGUGAGAGCAUGUGGAGAUUUACAUUUUACCUUUAUAUAUUUACCUAUGGAGUACGGUUCCUGAAAAAGACACCUUGGCUCUGGAAUACCAGACAGUGCUGGAAUGGGUAUCCAUAUCAGCCACUGAUGCCUGACCUUCAUUACUACUACAUAGUUGAAUUGUCAUUCUACUGGUCCUUAAUGUUUUCUCAAUUCAUUGACAUCAAAAGAAAGGAUUUUGGCAUCAUGUUUACACAUCACAUUGUAACAGUCACCCUGAUAACCUUCUCAUAUGUAACCAAUUUGACACGAGUGGGAACCUUGACCUUAUGUCUCCAUGAUGCGGCUGAUGUUGUCCUAGAGGCUGCCAAAAUGGCAAACUAUUGCAAGUGUCAAAAACUGAGUGACCUUCUGUUCCUUACAUUUGCCAUUGUCUUCAUUGUCAGUAGGCUUGGCUUAUAUCCCUUAUGGAUAUUAAACACAACAUUGUUUGAACUGUAUGAAGCUCUGGGCAAUUUUCCUGCCUUGUGGGUCUUCAACAUGCUGCUUGUGAUUCUUCAAAUUCUGCACUGUUUUUGGUCCUACCUAAUCAUAAAAGCAGCCUACAAAGCUAUUUCAAAGGGCAAGGCUGGGAAGUGGAACCCUUUGAAUGUAACAAAGGAUGACCGAAGUGACAUUGAGUCAAGCUCAGAUGAGGAAGAAACAGUACCUCGUUCAAAGACCCUCAACAGCACUAUCACCACUAACGGGACCAGCGGUGCCAACGGGACCAACGGGUAUCUUACUGGUGGCACUUGCUCAGAGGAGCAUUAA